AUGCCGUACACCAAAGAAAAGGUUCCAAUACAAAAUCCUCAAGAAAAUGCGAUCGUUAUUUCCUUUUCGAUUCAUUAUAUUACGCAGUACGGUCAAGAACUUUAUGUAAAUUUGGAUGAUUACACUUGUAAGUUUGUAUUUUUUUUAUUUAAACCAUUUUAUUUUAGAAUAUUUCUAAUGUAUAGAAAAUUGACAUGGACCAGUGGUCAUAUUUGGAAGGGAACAAUUACUCUCGUAAGGCCUCGAACAUUAAAGUGGUCAUAUUCUUUACUUUGUGGUGAAAUAGUAUUGAGAAGGGAGGAGUUAAAAUAUCCAAGGGUAUAUUCUUUGGAUGAUAUUCACAAGUACUAUCAUAUUUAUGACAGAUGGGAUAACCCUCAAUCAAGCGUUUCUCCAUUGACUUUUGGGUCAUUACCUGUAAAUGAUGAAAAAACUUUCAGCUCAAAUAAUGAUGGAGGGUAUUUUUCUCCACGGUCUUCUCGUUAUAUCACCUCAAUUUAUGUUACACAAAAAAAAGUGAAAGAUACUAACUCUGAUGAUGAAAACUAA